CUUCGCCAAAUAUAUACGAGUCGAGGUAGCUGUGUCGAGGACUGUCUCCUUCUUUCGAGAGGAACCGUGACCUAGCCCACGCUCCUGGGGGCGGAUCUCGUGACACGAUUCACGAAGACACGAUCUCGAAGAGGGCCAUUCCUUCCUCGAGGCGUAUUCGCUCAUUGCGAGCCAUGCCUCCAAGUAAAUGUAAUUACGGGACAUGUUCUGCUCGGUAAUUGCUCGCAAGUGCCUUCCACGAGAGAGAAUGUGUAGGCGUCCUCGAAUGCGGUGUCAACUAACUUAUUCAGCCUGUCAACCCUGUUAAAUCUGUCAAAUCUGUCAACGAGAUGGACCUAGGUCAGGGAUGCCGGCCGAAAUCAAAUUCUUUACAUUUAAUCUACUGACGAAUUCCACGGAAUAUUAGAUCUUCGACUGGUCCAGGUGACGAUGUCCGCCAUGAAGUUUGAAUUCCGGUACCGUCCCCGGGAAGGAGGUCCUCCAGGACUACGGAUUCUAGCAAUGAUGGUCCUGAUCCUUUCCCAGAACCUGGAGAACUCAUGUCAGAGUGUUUCCUGCAGCUUCAACAGGAUGUGCCAGUGUUGGGUCCAGGAUGAUUCGGAGUUCACCAAGAUGGACGUCAGCUGUGUCGGCGUGCCGUUCGCCAGGUUCCCGGAGAUCUCCGUGAGUUAUGUGGCACAGUUGGACAUUAUUGGGUCCGGUCUUCAGGUUUUGGAGAACGACGCUUUGGCAGGAUCCUCCGUCGAGGCUUUCGGGCUCACCAGCAACAAAUUGAGCAAUAUCGGCGACAAGUCGCUCCUGGGUGUGGCCAACAGCCUGAGGUCUCUGGACCUUAGUUACAACUGCCUGGAGGAAGUGCCUUUUGCGGCUUUCCAUGCCUUGAAGAAGCUCGGCUGGUUGAACCUGCACAGCAACCGACUGACGUCACUGGAGGGCGACUGGUCGCACCUGCGAGAGACCCUCACGAACGCCUUCUUCGGGGACAACUCGAUAUCGGAGCUUCCAGAGAGCUUCUCUGGGUUCGAGUCUUUACUCUGGCUGAAUCUGGACAACAAUAACAUCCAGGAUCUCCGAAGUUCGUCCUUACCUCCGAAGCUGCACACCUUAAGCUUGAACAGCAACUUGCUGAAGAGUUUCCCCCGAGCCCUGGCCACCCUGAAGAACCUGAACUGGCUCUACUUGCGAGGAAACGCAAUCAGGAGCUUGGAGCUUCCAGGAUUCCAGAGUCCUGAAUUAGAAGUGGUCGACCUCAGCGACAACUCCAUCGAGGUCUUGACCCUGGGAGUAGAAGGUUCAGAAAACGACCUGGUCCCAGCAGGAAAAAAUCGCAGUCUGAAGGUGCACGACCUUAACCUGGGCAGCAACAGGAUAAGGAACCUCCCAGCAGACGUGUUCCUGAACCUGGAGGCCAAGAGAAUACAUCUGUCCUCGAAUGGGAUGAAAGUCGUCCAUGAAGACGCCUUCAGGGGCCUCGAAGAGAGUCUGGAGUACCUGAACCUGGAGAGCAACGAACUGCUAAUGGUCCCAAGUGCUCUCAGCAGGACCAAGAGGAUCUCUUAUCUCUAUCUUGCUGGGAAUGGUAUCUCGAAUGUCUCGCAGGAGAGCUUCUUCAGCUUCGCGGAUCGGCUGAAGGCCCUCUCGUUGGCUUCCAACAAUCUUAAGGCCGUACCUGUUGAUGCUCUCAGCAGGUGUGGGCAGCUCCUGCAUCUCAACCUGGGAUAUAAUAAGAUCGCCAAGGUCGUCCCUGGGGAUUUUGGCUGGGCCUCUAAUCUGGAGAUCCUUUUACUGAGGAACAACCUGCUCUCCAAGCUGAAGCCCGCUUCUUUCGCAGGUGCUGGGAAGCUGAAAGAACUGAGUCUGUCCUUCAACCAGUUAUCCCUCCUAGACGACGAGGCCUUUCUGGGAGUAGAAGACACCCUGGAGAUCCUGGAGCUGAGUUUCGCCUUCACCACCGACGUCUUUCCUCAGCGGGCUCUCAGACCUUUAUCGAACUUGCUCUGGCUCGUGCUAGAUAACAACAAUUUCCAAACAAUUGAACCCACCGCCUUCUACAUGCUUCCCAGGCUCAGGUACAUCAACCUGGAGUCCAACAGGCUGUAUCACCUACCAGUCGGCACUUUCCUGGGCAGCAUCCACGAGGAGCUGAGAGACAUCAAGCUGGGCUACAACUUCAUCGAAGAGAUUCCUCCAGCCACCUUCCACAACCUGACCGAAUUGAGGUCCUUGGACCUAACCGGGAACCGCAUCAGGGUGUUGUCUUCAGGGUCCAUUCAGGAUUGCCUAAAGCUGGUCACCGUUUCCAUGGCUUAUAACGAAAUUUCCAAGAUAGAGCCCUCAGCCUUGGCUCGGCUCCCAGGUCUCAGGUUCCUGCACCUGGAAUUUAAUCGACUCGUCACCCUGGAAAUCGGUACUGUCAUCGACACCGGAGCUUCUGCGGAUUUUAGCCUGAACGUGUCCUACAAUGCCAUCGCGAGGCUGGUGCCAGCUACUUCUUCGGGUCUUCAGGGUAGAACCGACCUGCAGGGUCUUCAGGGCUCUCAGGGACUUUAUUCCCCCUUUGGGCACGACAAUUGUAGUCUAGUCAGGCUGGAUAUUAGUCACAAUAAUCUCAGCACUAUCCCUGCCGAUGUCUUUACUGCUGUACCCUGUCUCAGGUAUCUCGACCUGAGACAUAACGUCCUCACAGGUCUGGAACCUGGAACCUUGGGAUUGAGUCACCUGGAGAGCCUUUACCUGGCAGAUAACAGACUGGACCUGGGGAAUGGAGGAGUCUUGAAGAGACAGGCUCUUCAUGGUCUCUCAGGCCUGCAGAGGCUGGACCUGGCUGGGAACAACCUCAGUCACUUGGCUGGAGAACAAUUUAAAUACGUCCCUAAUCUCAGGAUCCUGGACCUUUCUCGAAAUAGAUUAAGGACUCUCCCUAGGGAUGUCUUUUUGGGCACGAGGCUCGAAAUCCUCGACCUGAGCGAGAACAGGUUGACCUCGGUCCCUUCCAGUGCUCUUCUUGAACUGGGAUUCACUCUGAGGGAUUUAAACCUUGCUGGGAAUUUCGUGGACAGAUUGGACUCCAGUGCAUUUCCUGUUUCUCUUUUGACUUCCCUCGAUCUCGCCAGGAACAGACUCACCAUUCUUCCGGAUAACUCUUUCGUGUCUUUGGGGAAGCUGCUGACUCUAAACGUCUCUCACAAUAAUCUCGAAGCUAAUUACAAGGAGCUCUUCCACUACUUGCCGGACCUGCGACGCCUGGACGUGGGGAAUUGCGGCCUGGGAAAAGUGCCAAUUUUACCUUUGCUCCAGCUGAGUUACCUGGAUCUGUCUUGCAACAACAUCGCCACAGUCUCCGGGAAGGACUUCCCCUACUUGAAUGUCCUGAAAGUCCUGGUCCUGACGAACAACUCGCUGACGAGGCUUUCAGAGAACCUGAAAUUGCCCCUGCUGAGGGAGCUGGACGUUUCUGGGAAUCCCAUCCAGGAGCUGACCAAGGAGAGUUUCUCCGGAUAUCCCAGGCUGGAAGUGCUAAACCUGAAGAACCUGGGGGUGACUCGCUCCGUGGAUAAGGACACCCUGAGGACUCUCAGAUACCUGAAACACCUGCGAAUUCAGACCUGGCCCAGAGCAGAGGGUGUUCAGCUUCGUCAGCUGGUGGGUGGUCUCCCCCUGAGGACGGUGGAGGUCCAGGUGACCGAGAGGCAGCUAAAAAACCAGCUGGAGAACGCGUUCACCAAACAACUAAGAGAGCUCCUCGUAACCGGUAGAAAUCUGGAAGUCAUCUCCUCGGAGGCGUUUUCCUCCCUCGAGGGGGGCAGCGAACUGGUCCUCAGGAUAAGAGACACGGGGGUUCGGAGGCUGCAGCCGGACAUCUUCUUGUCUCUGACCAAAAGACUGUCUCAGCUGACCCUCGACCUCAGGGACAACCACAUAAACGAGCUCAGUCCGUCCGUCAUCUAUGGGAAUCUGUCCUGGGAAGCGGUCGGCACCAAUAUCGUCGCCGGAGGUCUUCAGGUCUCGGGAAAUCCUUUGGAGUGCGACUGCGAGAUCGCUUGGCUGAGUCUUUGGCUGAGGAGAUGGCUGAGAGAAUCGCGGCAGAUACACACGGCCUCUCAGUCUGAUGCCAGACAGCUGAGGAAUAUCGCAGGCAGAGCCGUUUGCACGGAAACGACUCCGUCGUACUCUUCGGACAAGGUUUUACUGACCAUGGGGACUCCCAGACACACUGCCUGUCAGGCUUCGGCUCUCAGCUCUGGGAACGACGAACAUGCCAGGACAUGGAUGUCCUGUCUGCAGAUCCUGGCCCUGGUGCUGCUGGCCAACUGAAAUCGUUUUGAUAUUUGCGAGGGAAACUGGGAAUCAGAUGACGAAG